AUGGCCACUUCGGGAAAAAUAGAUGCUGCUGCACCUCUGGACAAAGUCUGUUUGCUCGGCUGUGGGUUUUCCACAGGCUAUGGGGCUGCCAUCAACACUGCCAAGGUAAAACCAGGCUCCACCUGUGCUGUCUUUGGCCUUGGAGGAGUUGGCCUCUCUGUUGUGAUGGGCUGCAAGGCGGCCGGAGCUUCCCACAUCAUUGCCGUUGACAUCAACAAGGACAAGUUUGCCAAGGCCAAGGAGCUGGGAGCCACUGACUGCAUCAAUCCUCGAGACUUCAAGAAGCCCAUCCAGGAGGUGCUCACUGAGAUGACCGGCCAUGGGGUAGACUACUCCUUUGAGGUCAUCGGGCAAGUGGAUACCAUGAUUGCUGCCCUGGCUUCCUGCAAUAUGAGCACUGGCGUCUGCGUUAUGAUUGGGGAACCAGCUUCUGGUUCAGUGAUUCCCAUCGAUCCUGUGCUUCUGCUGUGUGGGCGUACAUGGAAAGGAACUGUGCUUGGAGGUUGGAAGAUGCAAGAUUCUAUGCCCAAAUUAGUUUCCAGCUAUUUGGAGAAGAAAUUCAACUCAGACUUACUGAUCACGCACACGCUGCCGAUUGCUAAAGUAAAUGAAGGAUUUGAGUUGUUACGUGCCGGAAAAAGUAUUCGCAGUGUCCUGCUCUUCUGA